UGUAGAUCCCGGCGCGACGGAAAGUUGGGGGUUCGCAGGCGACUGGCGGCGACUGCUGAAUGGCAAUUUACACGUCUUUUUACCUUUGCCUUACUGACGCCAUCCAAUCCCGAAAGCCCUGAUCGGGCAACGAGCCAUAUCUCUAAGAGAAAGAAGAAGCAGCGCAUUGCGAUAUCCCUGAGGCUUCUUAUAUACACGACAUGCUAUAAAGUAAGAGGGUUACUAUCUCCUUCAAUUCGAAAUCGCGACUCGUCGGCCUCGGGAGCCUCGACGCAAACCAGAGAGCCCCUCCUCCGUUAUCGCCAUGAGCGACCUCGACAAGGCCAUCGCGCAACUGCGCGCCUGCCGGCCGAUACCUGAAGCGCAAGUCCGAGAGCUGUGCCACAAGGCGCGCGAGCUGCUUAUCGAAGAGGGCAACGUCGUCACCGUCACGGCUCCCGUAACGAUUUGCGGUGAUAUCCACGGCCAGUUUCAUGAUCUCAUGGAACUCUUCCGCGUCGGCGGCGAUGUCCCCGACACCAACUACCUCUUCAUGGGCGACUUUGUAGACCGCGGAUUCUACUCGCUCGAGUCCUUCCUCCUCCUUCUCUGCCUCAAAGUCCGCUACCCUGACCGCAUGACUCUCAUCCGCGGCAAUCACGAGUCGCGGCAAAUCACUACGGUAUAUGGUUUCUACGACGAAUGUCUGCGAAAAUACGGUUCGGCCAACGUCUGGCGCUAUUGCUGCGAUGUUUUCGACUACCUUGCUCUCGGCGCCAUCGUUCUCGGAGCAUCACACACUUUCAACCCCUCACCGGGACAAGAGCCCAUUGACGAAGAUGUAGAGAUCGAGGUCUGUGACCAGGCCGGCCUAACAAUGAGCCGCUUUCCCAGACAGAGACGACCGCAACGGCAACCAACCCCUAGCAGUCCAAACGGCGCGCCUUCGGGCGACAAGACAGGCCCACCAGGCAGCGGCGCAUCGGGGAGCUCAUCAGGCUCCGUCGGCAACCCAGCGGGGGCCAUCCUCUGUGUUCACGGCGGUCUUUCGCCUCUGAUAGACAGCGUCGACAAAAUUCGGCUCUUGGACAGGAAGCAAGAGGUACCACACGAAGGAGCCAUGUGCGACCUUCUAUGGUCCGACCCAGACGACAUCGAUGGGUGGGGCCUGUCUCCGCGUGGUGCUGGUUUCUUAUUCGGCGCCGAUAUUGUUCGCGACUUCAACCACAAGAACGACCUUUCCCUUAUCGCUCGCGCCCACCAACUUGUUAUGGAGGGUUUCAAGGAGAUGUUUGACGCCAGUAUCGUCACGGUUUGGUCGGCGCCCAACUACUGCUACCGUUGUGGCAACGUUGCGGCGAUCCUCGAAUUGGCAGAGGACGAUUCUGGAACUGGCGUGUUCGCGCGCAGCAAUGGCGAUGUGGGACGCAGCGACGGCGGCGGCAUCAGAGGUACCGAUGACUACGUCCUUCUGCCUGGGCCGGCUCGGAGGUACCGCGUGUUCCAGGCGGCGCCACAGGAUUCCAGGGGAAUGCCGGCGAAGAAGCCGGUGGCCGACUACUUCCUGUAGUUCGCAAGGGACUAUCCCUCAAUACGAUGACGAGGCUCAGUGUUGAUGAACUGAGACAAGUUGUUGGAAAAAAAUAGCGAAAAGAAGAUGAGGAACGGUCAGCGGUACUGAGGCGGCAUUGUGUGUGUGUCGUCGUGUCUUUUAACUUACUUCGUCUUGGGCCGUGAGCGCAUAGGUUUGAUGGAUAAGCACCGGAGUUUCAAGGAUAAUCGCACUAUGGACGAGCCAUUUUCUCACGAACUAUCAACCAUUUCCUAAACUUUGUGUGCCUUGCAACCACCAGGCUCUAAAGUUGGACGCCAUCCCCCGCCGCCCCCCC